UUGACAAGCUCCGCCCCUACAAUCACACGAGGCGGUUAUUGACAUCUACACCAAUUCUAAAGCGUCUAUUUCUGUUACGCCUUUCCGCUUUUCCCUUGCCCGCGUUCCCGGUUGAUGCUGUUUAUAUCACAGUACGAACAGCGUUUCGACUCAUGGUAUUUUAAACCCCGCGGUGUUAAAACCUGCACGACCGGAUGAGUGGGUCAACCUUCUCCCCCUCUUCAGAGGUGGCUGAGAUGAACCGCAUCCAUUUUGAGUUGGAGUUUACAGAGGGUAUUAGUCAACGCAUGCGAAUACCCGAGACCCUCAAGGUGGCUCAGGAGAACCAGAGCGGGCACGUCCCACUUCAGCUGCCCCUGCCUCCUCAUGCCACUCUGAUGCAAGUUCCUGAAAGGAUCGUUGUUGCAGGUGAUGAUGAUGACUCAAGGUUUGCUCGUCCUAGAGACUUGGAUUUAAUUCAGUCAGUCCCACCUGUGGACCUGCUUAGCAUGAAGGCCCCACCUCGUGUCCUCACACUGACGGAACAGCCUCUGGACUCUCUUGAAACUGAACAAACUGCCAACUCACAGACCAAUCCCAGCCAAGUUGCCAACAUCCAUUCUCGAUCUCGGAGAGAACGCAGUACAAGUGAGAACAUAUCUGGUCGUCAGAGCCACCAAAUCAGCAGAGGUGACAUGAGUGUAACCCCCUCCCCUCCUGCUGUUCCCCCAGUUAGAUUGUGUCCUCCUCUCUGUUCCCCUGAAGACGCCAACAUCCACAUGUUCACAACUGCUGGAUUUCUGUCCUACAUUCAGUCAACAACCCGUCGUGCAUAUCAACAGGUCAUAGAAGUUCUUGAUGACAGCCACCGCAGGACAUACUUAGACCUGGAUAUGAACCCUGACGAGUCCGGCCUAGCUGAUGCUUCGUCACUGAGACGUCAGAUUGUGAAGCUCAACCGACGCCUGCAGCUUCUGGAGGAAGAAAACAAAGAACGCUCCAAGCGAGAGGUGAUCCUGUAUUCGGCCACCGUAGCGUUCUGGCUAAUCAACACUUGGAUCUGGCUACGUCGCUAAAAUUGGACGGAGAGUCCCGCUUAACACUGGAAGCCAAAGCAACUCUUUGUUUAAGGUGUAGUCGGUGUAUUACAGCUUACCCCCUCCACUGACAUUUAGAGGCAACCAUGGAACACUCCCACACGGACAAUAGGUCGCUCACACUGGUGUUUUAAGAUUGACUUACAGAACCCAACUUUGACUGUCAGCACAUUGGUUGAAGUCAAAAAGCACAGCCUUAUGUAGUUUGGAUUUUUUUUUUUUUGCUGUACAAGACUUUAAUUCGGCUUCUAUCCACAAUUGAAAGCCAAGUUAUGCAACUUGGUUGCUGCUGAAUUAAGCAAAGCGAAAAAAAGCACCUUUUCUCUCCCAUUCCAAAGGAAGUCGGCAACAUACCUUUACAAACAACCUCAAAGCAACAACAGCAGCUGCACAAAGGUGCUGAGUUUAGGUCAGAUAAUUGCUAAAUCGGUCUCAAAUACGUUAUUUUAAAUAUAUCUGAAAAGGUCAAAAUUAGUAUUUUUUGUUAUUCAGCAAAACGAAGGUGAAUCUGGAUCUUCCUAAGAGCAUUUUCUUGUGAAACCAGGACAAUAAAUAGGCAAAAAUGUAUCUAUUUACCAGAUUAUGCAGCACACCACUAUGGAAGGCAGUUUGCAGUGUAUACAACAUAAUGAGUGUGUGGUAGUGAUUUUGCCUACUUUUGAAUCCUUUCUCCACUUUAAAAAAAAUUGUGUUCGUGUUUUAUGUUCAUUUCUGGUUGUCAGCGGUUACUAAAAUGUUACUGUUUGCACAUUUAAAAUGUACUUUUAUGUGGAAAGAUGAUAGCUGGUGUACUUCCCUGUGAACGGAUGUGCACCUCCCCAGCAAUGUGAACAUGCACAUCAAUGCAGACCACCAUAACAUUUUACUGGGUAUGACUGGUAAAAAGGUACUUCUUUGCUCAAAUGUGAUAUUACUGUGGAACAUAUGUGUAAAAUGUCACAGGUUUGAACUGGAUCUGUAUUCAAAAUUAACCCUUUUUGAAUAGCCAGCAUUCUGCCAUUAUCCCAAAUUUCAGAGCUAUGCCCCACUGCCGAACUGACUCUUGAGUCCUCAUCUAUAUUCGCUUUCCCCUGAAUAUUUUAGGGAGCUUUUUAUGCUGAUCGAAACAGUCACAGUGCUGCACAGGUAAAACUGCCCACAUUGGCGUUUGUUUAUCUAUAAAAGCUCUGUUGGCAACUUGCACACACUUUACUUGCACAGGUAAGUAAAAUGGGUGGGAAAGAUGGCUUUAAAGCCUCAGUGAAACAAGGAUUUACUUUGGUGACAAUUGUUUUGGGAACACAGUUUAGAGCUGAGACUAUAGUUACAGGAAACCUCAGGCCUGACCUGAAGAGAAGGUCCAAUAGUUUGGUCAUGAACUACCAUUUGUAAAGUGUCAAAAUGUAAUGACUAAAUCUAAAGAUGCCAUAACAAAUGACCUGUAUUUUCGCUGAGUUCCUCAUCUCUCUGAACAUUUGUACUUGAAUGCUAUAGUACCUCUAUGUUUCUUUGGAAGUUACAUGUUUUGUGAUACUCAGUUUUAUGAAGUGGGAAAAUAGGAAAUUAAUAAUGUGAACUCCUAGAAGAUUAAAAUCAUGCGUUCAAAGGCUUUAUUCAUGACAUACUGUUGAUCUAUGUUCAUGUGUAAUAAAAAGCAGUGUAAGAAUAAAAUAAUAACUUUAAAAUAAUGUAGGCCUAUUUGGUGCAUCUAUUUCAUGUAUGUGAUACAGAAGCAUUAGAAAAAUGCUGGAUUGGUCUUUUUUGUUUUUUUUUGCAAAGCACCACCUGCAUGUACCAUGUCUUAAGUUUGAUUUCUAAUUUAAGCAUAUAUAUUUUUUGUAAUAUAUUACAUGAUAUAUUUGAAUAUAUUCAUUGUCUGUAAAUAUUUUUUGCUGUAAUAAAGGAUGGAU